CAGAAGUGGGAUCUACCUCAGCUGAGAGAGCUUAAGAGUCUGCUUUCAGCUGGGGAGGAAGGGGAUGACCCUGCUUAGGCACAGAGUGGUUCAAGACAUGAGGAAUUUGAUUUCUCAUUUUACUGGUUCCUGGAGCUCUAUCAAUUCCAAGUUUCACUUGGUGACAAAUUUGAGCCCAUGCAAGGUUCAGUGAAGCCCUGCCCCUUCUGUUGAUUUUUGACUUGGGGGUGAGGCAAUGACCAUAGCCUGGGCACACAAUUUAAGGAGGAACUCACUCUCGGGUUCAAACAGGUUGCUUGAACAAAUGUGCGUGCCUCCUUAAAUUUUGGGUGCUUGGCUCCACGCCAGCCUCACUGCUACUCCCACUUAGCUUUAAGUAGCCCGCCCUCCUCCUGCUGUAGCACUGGGUAGCAGGCCUGCAGUCUCUGCUAUGUCGCUGUGGUCUCAAUUCAGCUCCCUGGUCUGGGGCCCUGGCUCUGUCCUCAUUUUGGUCCUCCUGCUUAGACUAAGCGUGCAGCUCUGGCAUAAGUCUCAUCUUUGGGACCUCCAGUGUUGCUCCACAGAUCUGACUGGGAAGGUGGCAGUGGUGACUGGGGCCAACAGUGGUAUGGGGAAGGUUGUGUCUCAGGAGCUGGCCCGCAGAGGGGCUCGUGUGAUCCUCGCUUGCCGUAGCCGUGAGCGUGGACAGCAAGCCCUGGCUGAGAUCCAAGCAGCCUCAAAGGAUGCCUGCCUUCUGCUUGGCGAGGUGGACCUGAGCUCUAUGGCCUCCAUUCGGACCUUUGCCCGGUGGCUUCUGGAGGAGUAUCCUGAGAUACAUCUGUUGGUUAACAAUGCUGCAAUCUGCGGAUUCCCCAAGACACUAACCCCAGAGGGCCUUGAACUCACCUUUGCCACCAAUUAUGUUGGGCCCUUUCUGCUCACAAAUCUACUGCAAGGGGCCCUACAACGGGCAGAGUCAGCCCGGGUGGUGAAUGUGUCUUCCUUUACACAAGAACGUGGGUACAUUGAUGAGGAACAUCUAACAGGGGCUGGUAGACCUUUGACCUUCAACCAGAACUAUUACUGCAGCAAACUGCUUUUGACCUCAUUCACUGGGGAGCUUGCCCGGAGACUUCAAGGGACAGGUGUGACAGUGAACUCUGUGGACCCAGGUGUUGUAUACACGGAGAUCAUGAAGCACUUCUCUUGGUCAUACCGCCUCCUCUUCAAGCUCAGCAGCUUCUUCAUUAAGGAUCCUAAACAAGGCGCCAUCCCAAUCCUCUACCUGAGCUUGGCAAAGGAGCUGGAUGGCAUUUCUGGAAAAUAUUUUAGCAGUUCCUGUGUGAUAACUCAUCCCCCUAAAGCUGCUCAGGACCAUCUUGUGGCCCAAAGCCUCUGGAAUGCCUCAGUCCAGCUAACCAACCUAGGCAAGAUGGACUGAUCCUCUGUGACCCCUGCCCUAACUUGCCACCUCCCCCUGACUCCCAGCCCUUACUCUGAGUAUACUUGUUGUUGGCCAGCUCCAAGAAUCCAUCAUCUUGUCCACUUCCUCCUCUUGUUGGCUCAGUGGUAUGACAGCUCAGAUUAGCCAGGGGACAGUGUCAGCUUCUACUUUAUUGCCAGUUCUCCAGUGGAAGUAUUCAUCUCUUGAGUACUAGGAUCUCUAAAUCUACCAAGUCCCAGGUUGUGGUGAGGGGGAGUGAAACUCCUUCUAGUGAAUAUUAAAGGUACCAGUAAGAGGGAAAACUCCCACCUAUACUUCUUGGUUCCUAGACCUUUGUGUCCUGGCUUUGGGGAGACAGCACCACAUAGUCCUCUGGAUUAAGGCAUAUCCCCCAUCCUGUAGUAUGCCACCCCAACUUCACAACUUCACACCCCAACAACCCCAGGGUGCUGUCUCCCAGCUGGUACUAUAACCAAGCCUGCAGAUAAUCAUUCUACCUUUCUAUUGAACUAGCUGCUCCUGGUGAUGAGUCUUGCAAUAAAACCAAUGAAUCUAGGA